CACUACUGCACACAGCAUCUACAUUUGGUAAUUCAACCAAGUGUUAAUUUCCUAUAAACAAGUGUGAAUUAAGCAUGGGGUUCUUACUUGAGCCCCGGAGUUCAAGGACUAGUGUUGUACCUAUCAUCUUUUCGUGUUUUUGGUUGAUUUUUCUAGUGCAAUUGUCAGUUGCACGCGUGAUCCAGCUGAAAUGGGAAGUGGAGUACAAGCACUGGUCUCCAGAUUGCAUUGAGAGUGUAGUUAUGGCGACUAAUGGCACGUUUCCAGGUCCGACCAUUGAGGCUACUGCCGGUGAUACUAUUAAUAUUACGCUUACAAAUCUUCUUUUCACUGAAGGCCUAGUCAUUCAUUGGCACGGUAUCACCCAGAAAGGAACGCCGUGGGCUGAUGGAACUGCAUCCAUCUCUCAGUGUGCUAUAAACUCCGGGGAAACCUUUGUCUACAGUUUUACGGUUGAAAAGGCUGGAACAUUCUUCUACCACGGGCACUAUGGAAUGCAGAGAUCAGCUGGUUUAUAUGGAUCUCUUAUAGUACACGAAGCUGAACCACACCGACAACCAUUCAGAUAUGAUGGAGAGUUUAAUCUUUUGUUGAGUGACUGGUGGCAUCAGAAUGUUCAUAGACAAGAGGUUGAUCUUUCUGGAGUACCUCUCGUCUUUAUAGGUGAACCUCAGGCUAUUCUCAUAAAUGGAAAAGGUCAGUACAAUUGUUCAAUUGCUGCACAUUUUGAUGAGUCUGCAAACGUCUGCAAUUUUACAAAGAAAGAGCAAUGUAAGCCAGAGAUUCUCCGAGUGAAGCCAAACAAGAUAUAUCGGAUAAGGAUAGCCAGUACUACUGCAUUGGCUUCGCUCAACUUCAUGAUUCAGGGUCACAAGCUAGAAGUGGUGGAGGCAGACGGAAACUAUGUGAAGCCAUUUCUGGUAGAUGAUCUUGACAUUUAUUCUGGAGAAAGCUAUUCAGUUCUGCUACAUACUAAUCAAGGCCCCCCCUCGGGGAAUUAUUGGAUAUCGGUAGGUGUCAGAGGAAGAAAGCCUGGUAAUCCUCCAACUCCUCCAGCUUUAGCAAUUCUGAAUUACUACCCCAUGACACCAGUGUCAAAGCACCCGAAUUCAGCUCCUCCGGUUCAUCCUGUCUGGAAUAAUUACACACAUAGCAAACUAUUUUCAAACAGGAUCAAAGCCCUGACAGGCCUAAAAUCACAGAAUUUAGAGUAUAAACCCCCUCCACUUAAGCAAGACCGGAGAAUUGUGCUUCUCAACACACAAAACUAUAUAAAGGAGAACAUAAAAUGGGCUAUCAACAACAUGUCCUUAACGUUGCCAAGCACGCCUUACUUGGGAGCCAUCAGAUAUGGUCUAGACAACGCGUUCACCCAAGAGAGUCCUCCGGAUCAUUACAAUAGUCCUAAUUACAACAUUGAGAACCCACCACCAAAUGGCACCAAUGCAAUUUACAGCAAUGCAGUGUACAAGUUAUUAUCCAAUAAGGUGAUCGACGUGAUUCUUCAGAAUGCUAACGCGUUGACUGAAGGCCAAAGCGAGAUUCACCCUUGGCAUUUGCACGGGCAUGACUUUUGGGUGUUGGGAUAUGGAGAAGGGAAGUUUAGUGAUGCAAAUGAGACUCUGUUUAACACGGUGGAUCCACCGUUAAGGAACACUGUGGUGGUUUAUCCCUACGGCUGGACUGCAUUGAGAUUUGAAACUGAUAAUCCAGGCGUGUGGGCGUUUCAUUGUCAUAUUGAACCACAUCUGCAUAUGGGCAUGGGUGUUAUAUUUGCAGAAGGUGUCGAAGAAAUUAAGAAAAUGACAGUAAAUAAAGAAGCUCUGGUCUGUGGACUGACUGGGAAGAUGUUUAUGAACAGCCACAAAGACUAAGAAUAAUUCAUGAGCUCUAGGCUCUAGCCAUCAGCCUUGUUGACAUUUCAAUAUUUAUGACUGUAAUUUUAAUGAAUGAAUAGCAAAUUCGAAUCC